UCAGUAGAGUGUGGACUAUAGAGCAGUUACAAAACUUUCAACUUGUCAGCUAUUCUAAUGAGCACUGCUAGUGGUGUUGUACUGCAUUGAAUGAUUGUUCACACUGUAGAAUAUUUGUUUCUAUGGGAAAGUUGUGUUUAUAACUGUAAACAGGAAAUUCUGCAUUAUUGAUAAUUUUGAGGUCUUCUAUGUGGAGAUUUAAGUCAUAUAGGAACUAGUAUGUGUAAUGAUGGUGUAGAUGCUUUGUUGAUUGGUUAAUUACACAGAUAAUUAACAGGGAUUAACACAAGAAUAUCUGGAAAUUAAUAAAAUCGACAUAACCAUAAAUAGUCUGAGAUUGAAAGAUUAAUGUCUGUUUUAACAGGAUGCUGUUCCUUGACUAAAACUGAAGAUGUGAUUGUCACACAUUAACACUGGCAAAAAACGGAUGUAGAAUGUACCGUUAAAACUUGUGCAACUGCAUUGGUUAAUAUGAUCAAAAUUUUAGCUGUAUUGAAGAUAAAGAAUCAUGAUGACUUUGUGUACUUGUGACAGAAGUCAUUCUGAAAAUCGCCAGUUGAACUGUGACAACUAUUGUCUGAAAUACACGUAACUAUGAAUGAUAUUGGAUGUAAGCAAUCGAAAGUGGAGUACAAGAAGCAAAUAUAUCUGUUGUGAUGAUGGAAAAAAUGCUUUUAUUCUUUGUAAGUGUUUUACAUGUGGUUAGUGCAAUGCCAUCUUAUAAAGUUGAAACAAGAAUUCUAAAGGAUGAAAAUGGUAUGAAUGGAUCCAUCAACCACUUUGUUCAUGAUAAUUCCAAGAAUAUGUUUUAUGUUGGUGCUGUCAAUCGUAUUUUCAAGUUGAGUCAAUCGUUGGAAGUUCAACAACAACUCGUUACAGGCCCUGAACCAGAUAAUCACUUGUGUACUGGAUCUGCAUGUGAUGGGAAAACAAAACAAUUGACCAAUAAUUACAACAAAAUUUUACUCAUUGAAACCAACAUGAAUGGAAAUGACCGUCUUGCUGUAUGUGGCAGUAUAUUUCAAGGUUUUUGUGAAUUUAGGGACUUACAAAAUAUAAGCAAAAAACUGUCUAUGAAAAUGCAUACAAGCCUUGUAGCAAAUUCAAAAAGUGAUUCUACUGUGGGUUUGAUUGUAAAGCGAAAUCUCAAUGAAAAUAUUUUAUUUAUUGGAGCAUCAUACCCAAUCAGUCUACAUUGUAAGGAUGAAGAUAAUAGGAAUGUGUUUUUUCUUAGACGUAAAGAUAUACCUGCUCUAAGUAUGAGGAAACUUACUAGUGAUAAUUAUACCUUUUCACUGUAUAAGGAAGCCUCAUUUAUUGAACAACAACCUCCUUCUGCUCUCAAAAUAAUUUAUGAUAAAAUCAGUAAAUAUAUAAUUGAUUUUGUAUCAGCUUUUUCAAUUGAGGAAUAUACAUAUUUUUUAUCGUAUCAGCCAUCUGAUUUAAUUCAAAACUGUGAAACCAAUGCAAGCCCUAAACCCUCACAGUCUAGGAUAUCUCUCACCUGCAAUAGGGAUACUCACUUUUAUUCAUAUAUUGAUAUACCACUUACUUGUUAUGGAAAUAAUACAAAUUAUAAAAUAGUGCGUGCUGGAAAAACUAUCAUACCAGGUCGAAAUUUACGGACUAAACUUGGAGUUGACAGUGAAAUUCUUGUUGCUCUGUUUGAAAAUCGCCAAAACGGAAAAACGGAUUCUGCAGUUUGUAUAUUCACAAUUAAGGAAAUAGAAGACAAAAUGAAGACUAACCUAAAAAAAUGUCAGAAUGGAAGUGAAGCAAUGAAAGGAGCACACUUUGAUGAUGGUGCUACUUGUACACAUCAGGGAUCAGUAAUAGGAAGUGGACCUACACUGUGCACUACCAUAAAAAGUUAUUAUGGAGGAAGAAUAUCUGGAGUAAUUGGUGCUCAAGUGCAACCUGCCAUUGUCUUCGAAAAUACUGCUUUGACUUCUGUUACACUAACCACAACUUCUAACUUCACUGUAGCUUUCCUUGGUACAUCAAAUGGACACUUGAAAAAGAUCGUGAUAGAGAACAAGACUGUAGCAAAAGAAUAUGACCAAGACCUGGUCAUAGACGAGGGAAGUCCUAUAAACCAGGAUACAUUCUAUGACUUUGACCAUAGAAAUCUGUAUCUAACAAGUCAGAGAUUGGUUGCUAAGGUACCUGUAGAGAAUUGUGGACAGUAUGCCAGUUGUACGACAUGUUUAGCUAGUAAAGAUCCAUUUUGUGGCUGGUGCACCUUGGAAAACAGGUGUACUUUAAGAUCAAACUGUUCCAUGGCAGACCAAAGCUCAGAUCGAUGGAAAAUUCUGACUGACUGUACUGCUAUUGACAACAUCUCUCCACCGAUGGCUUCCUCAACAGAGGAUAUUACGCUGUACAUGUCAAUCAUAGAUAUACCUCGUGAUUCAAACUAUAGCUGUGUUUUUGACUUUGGUGACAAAAAAGAAGCCACUCCUGUAAGUUCCUGGAACUUUGGUAUCAGCUGUAAAACUCCUCAGAUAUUUUCUCUUGGUGUGGACUUUGGACCUACAGGCAGUAAGAAUUCCACAUUGUCAAUACGAUCAGAAGAAACAAAGAAGCUAUUUGUGUCAAGAUACUUCACAUUUUAUAACUGUGGAAGUUUUACAAGUUGCACAUCAUGUACAGAUAAUAAUUAUGCUUGUGACUGGUGUAUCUAUCAGAAUAAGUGUACCUUCAGGACCAACCCUUGCAAACAUCUGACUAUUUUUAGCCGUAAUAUUUUUGAAUAUGAUCCCGCUAACCAUACCGAAGCUAACUACACAGUCAUAAAAAGUAUGCUCUUUUUACCCCCUGGGUACAUUUAUCCACAAAUCUAUGGUGAUGGAAUAAGAAGAGGUCCAACAUUUUGUCCAAAAAUCGACAAAGGCCGAAAUGGUGAUGUCUACAUACACAACAAUACCAGCAAAGAAUUCAUCAUCAAUGGGACUUCUUUUCCUGAGAUUAGAGAUGGGAAUGGUUAUAAAUGCAUAAUUGGAACAGGUGCUUAUAGUAAUGGGAACAUUGAGGCUGUUGCUACCAGAGUGUCAGAGAGCCAACUUAAGUGUCAGGUUCCAUUAAAAUCUUAUGGACUACCAGAAAAUGGUAUCUUGAACGCCAGUCUCAGAGUGACAUGGGGUAAUGGAGCAGAAAUAGAAAAUGAUGGGGCUACAGUGAAAAUAUACAGCUGUUCCAAAAUGGCUCAUGGUGAUUGUAGUCUGUGUAAGAAUUUUGAGCAGUCUCGUGCAUAUCUGAAUUGUCAAUGGUGUGACAAUCCAUUGCAAUGUGAAUACAAGGAUUACUGUUCUGCAGUGGGAGCUGUUGCAAGGUGUCCAGGUCCACAGAUUGAUAAGGUAUCACCGAUGGUGGGCCAUGUUUAUGGAGGUACAAUAGUGACAAUUAAAGGAAGAAAUCUUGGUGCUGAAUUAGCUGAUGUACAAAAUAACGUGACAAUUGCUGGAGUAGCCUGUGUUCCCGUUAGAGAGCUGUAUCAACCUGCCAGAGUGAUAGUUUGUAUGCUGGGAGCCAGUGAUGCAGGUGUUAAAAAGGGACACAUAGCGGUUCUUAACAUACCAUUCUAUCAGUUUGAAUUUCAAUAUCUGAAUCCAAUAUUACAACGAGUAACACCACAUAAAAGAGCAUUGUCCGGAGGAGCUAUUUUGACCUUGCAUGGAGAUCCUAUCUAUUUAGGAACCCAAAUGGAGGUCACUGUCAAUGAUAAAGAGUGUAAUUUUACAAGUAAAACUAAAACACAAAUCAAAUGUCGACUGCCACCGGGUAAACUGGGUAAUGCUAAAAUUUCUGUCAAAGUUGAUGGUAAUGAGAUCAGACAGGAUAUGGCUGGCAACAUAAGUUUCACAUACGUAGCAGAUCCAUUAAUCUCAAAGAUAUACCCAUUGAAAAGUUUCCAAAGUGGAGGAAGAAGACUAACAGUUGUGGGAACCAAUAUAAACGUUAUCGAUCAACCAAAAAUGUUCGUCUGGACAAAUUCUGUCAUGUCAAGUCUUACGAACUGUCAGGUCAAAAAUGAAACAUUUAUGUUCUGUCCAUCACCCAAACUCUUGACAAGAUACAGACGACUUAGACGAUCAACAGCAUUGAUGACAGCAGCAAUUGGAUUUAUAAUGGAUAAUGCAGUUAAUGUCCAAAAUUUGACCGGAAUCAACAAUCAAUUACAGUACUUCCCAGAUCCUUUAGUGUACAGGUUUGAUCCAGACAAGGAAGACAAUGACAAUGUGAAACUCUUUAAAUCAGAAAUCGUUAUCAUAAAUGGAAAAAAUUUAAUGGUGGCAGCUAAAAGAGAAGAUGUACAAGUUGCCAUUGGAAAUGCCAAUUGCAAUGUAACAAAUUUGUCUGAGGAUCAGAUUGUAUGUAACCCUCCUUCAUCACAACCAAAACCCACAGCUGGAUAUAGCAGGAGUGAUAUACCUGCAGUUGUGGUCCAGAUUGGGAAUGAAAAAUACUUUGUUGGUUACUUGGAAUAUGAAUCAGCAAAGCAAAUUGGUAUACCACUUGAUUACAUCAUUGGUGGAGUGGCUGGUGUUGGACUGUUUAUCAUCGUGACAAUCAUCAUAUGUUGCUGUAUCUAUAGACGUCAGAAAAACAAAUCAAAGCGAGACUUUGAAAAAAUGAGGUACCAACUAGAUAACAUGGAAAGCAAUGUCAGAAAUGAGUGUAAACAAGCCUUUGCUGAAUUACAAACAGAUAUGACAGAUCUGACUGCAGAGAUAGGGGAUGGAAAGAAACCUCUCUACAGAUAUGAUGAUUAUACAUUCAAAAUACUUUUCCCUCAGAUGCUAGAUCAUGUUGUACUUCAUCCUCCAAUUCCAAAGAAUGGGAGCAAUGAAAGACAUCCAGAUGUUGCAAUUUGUCAUUUUAGUCAGCUUUUACAACAUAAACAGUUCUUAUUAAAGUUCAUACGGACAUUAGAAAAACAAAAAAGUUUUGGAAUCCGAGAUAAAUCAAAUGUAGCUUCUUUGUUGAUAAUAUUGUAUCAGAAUAAUUUGGAAUAUAUUACUGAAAUUAUCAAGUCAUUAUUAAAAGAGUUGGUAGAGAAGUCAGUGGAAGGAAAACAUCCAAAAUUGAUGCUGAGGAGGACAGAAUCAGUGGUAGAAAAACUGCUGGCUAAUUGGUUAGCUCUUUGUAUGUAUAAAAAUUUAGAGGAGUCGACUGGUUCCUCUUUGUAUUUGUUGUACCAAGCAAUAAAAUUCCAAGUAGUGAAAGGUCCAGUAGAUGCUGUCACAGGUGAUGCAAGGUACUCUUUGUCUGAAGACAGGUUACUAAGGACAGAAAACAGACUGGAACCUGUUACCAUAACAUUAAAUGUAGAAUAUGAAGGGAAGAAAUACAAAUGUCGCUGUCUAGACUGUGAUACCAUUACUCAGGCGAAAGAUAAAAUGUUGGAUGUAAUUUACCGUAACAUUCCAUACUCUACCAGACCAGCAGGAGAAGAUUUGGAUCUGGAUUGGGUAAAUGAAAACAAAACUUUACAAGAUGAAGAUAAUAUAAAGUGGAAGGAAAAUGGUUGGAAACAGUUAAAUAUGCUUAAAGAUUAUAAACUUUCAAAUGGUGCUGAUGUGGUGCUAACACAAUACCAGAAGUGUCGAACUUUGCCUAGAUCUCCUAAUGGAUCUGUUCAUUCCUCAGGAUUUUACAACCGAGAGGCCGUCCCUAUCACACGCACUGACAGUGAAGUUGGUACCAAGUACUGGCAUCUGGUGAAACAACCUGAUGAUGCACAGACCAAAGGCCUUAGUUCAGAGAUAUAUCUUACUAGAUUGUUAGCUACAAAGGGUACUCUGAAACAGUAUAUUGAUGAUUUUAUUAAAACUGUGUUGACUGCUAGUCCAAAUAUGCUUCCUGUGAUAAAAUAUUUGUUUGAUUUCUUGGACGACGCAGCCAAACAACACAAUAUUACAGAUCCAGAAGUAGCAUACACAUGGAAAUGUAAUAGUUUAUUGCUAAGAUUCUGGGUGAAUAUUAUCAAGAAUCCAGACUUUGUAUUUGAUAUCCACAAGACCAAUAUAGUAGAUUCAUGCCUGUCUGUGGUAGCUCAAUGUUUUAUGGAUAGUUGCUCAACAUCGGAUCAGAAUUUGAGUAAGGAUUCCCCGUCAAAUAAAUUACUAUUUGCCAAAGAUAUUCCAGUGUUCAAGAAAUCUGUUUCAAAGUAUUUUGAGGACAUACAGAGAAUGCCUGCAGUGAGUGACCAGGAUCUCAAUGCCCAUCUAGCUGAAGUGUCUAGGAUGAGCACAAAUUACUUUACCAAAGACAAUGCAUUGUUUGAAUUGUAUAGCUAUGUACAGAAAUACAGUAAUGAGAUUAAUGAAAGUUUAGAAGCUGACAGUUUGACUAGAGCACAACAGUUUCCAGAUAGACUUGGUAAUGUGAUUACAAAUAUGGAAGGUCCCUCCAAUGUUGGAAUGGCCUAUGUGUAAUGUGAUUACACACAUGGAAGGUCCCUCCAAUGUUGGAAUGGCCUAUGUGUAAUGUGAUUACAAAUAUGGAAGGUCCCUCCAAUGUUGGAAUGGCCUAUGUGUAAUGAUAACAGAAACAAUUGAUGCAAUAAACUGUGAUAUAACUUGGUGACAAAAUGUCAAGACAUUUUCUUCUUAGUCCAGUCUGGUUGAUUUAUCACGAGGUGAUAUAUUUGUGUAAAUGAUUCAUUUGACUACUAGUGUUAAAUGAUACAAUAUUUGAAGUGAAAAAGCAUUUCUGUCGAGCAGAACUAUGUGAAAUGGAGCCUUGUUUAGGAAAACCAACAAUAUGCAAAUUCAAUUUUACUGGUACUAUUGGAUAAACAUGCAUUUGCUAUCCAAUACAAUAGCUUUGAAUUCUUAAAAUGGAGAAGUUAACAAUGGUUUUUUGAAAUGUGGAUUUUAGUCAGACUAAAAAUAUUGUGUUAGAAUGUAUGAGUGGGUAGUGUUUACUGGUUUUUCCAGAAUAAUGGAUGUGUUCAUCUUUAAGUAUAAUAGUAUAAGCUCACCAAACAGAGUUCAUAAUAUUCCCCAUAGAGAAGAGAAAAAAAAUUAAAAGGAACAGAUAUUAUCUGAGUUCAUUGCUUUUCCAUUUGUAAUUUAUUUCAUUUCUGCACAAAAUUUCAGGUUUUAAAAAACAUAUUCAAGAAAUGGCAAACAAAAUCAGAUACAUCGUAUUUCUUAUGGUAUGAUUGUUACAUUAUGAACAUUUUACGUUUUUUGCAUAGCACAUUAUUAGUUUUGAAUCUAUACAAGUUUUGAAUUCAUAUUCAGCAUUCUGUAUAAAGUUGAUAAUGGCAAAGAGGAUGCAAAUUGAUAAUGGCUUUUUCAUAUUAGUACAGCAGUUGCUUUAGAAUUGUACCCUGUAUGCAAAUUACAUUUAAUACAAUUAUAGUAUGUUAUGAUGUUAUGUAUGUAAGUUUUGGGAAUUUUUUAUGUUAGAAGAUAUUUUAUAUUAAAUAAUAUAUUUUGUAUUUUUUUAAGUCUUUCAUUUUCUAUGGGAUCAGUACUACAUCUUAUAUAGUUUAUUGUUAUAAUAUGAAUGUAGUCAAAUGUUUCAGUUACGUUUUUAGUUGUUCAUAUUUUUCCUGUUAAAAAACAACCUCAAACUUGUAUGUAGGAUGGUUCCAUUAUAAACCAGCAUCAUUCAUGUGAAAGGCACAUUGACAUACCUUCCUUUUUAGGGGUUUGACCUUCAAAUGCAUGAAAGAUCAAAAAUUGGUAUUCUAGCCUAUGCGUAUUUAGAUCAACAUUUCAACUGGUGCACACAUUUCUUUAACAACAAACAAAUCAUAAUAAUCAUGCAUUAUACACAGCAAAAGUACUUUAAACACGAUUUUCCAUGGUAUUGUGUAUCCUUAGCAAAUUUCAGCUGCAUAAAACUUUAAGGUUUAUUAAUUAAUACCUACACAAGUUCAUUGUACAGAAAAAAAUCAAAGUUUUGGAAAUAAGCCUAAGUCUGCAAUAUAAAAUCUUCCUUUUCAUAUCACUUUACCAUCAUAUAGGAGUUAGCAUCUUACUUAUGUCAUUUUUAAAAGUAGAAAAAAAAACAAUUCAUCAACAAAUAUGUGUUAGAGAGUGUCCUAUUUUUGUUAAGGGUGGGUGGUUAAUCAUGGUAAUUUUUGUAUUUCCUUAAAUAUCACUGAUCAAUAUGCCAUUAUACAAAAAAAGAGAAAUAAUGCUGAAAACAUUAAAUAAAUAAUUAAUAUGCCAUCAGAUGCUUAAGGAAUUUCUUUUUCAUUUAAACUUAGUGCUGAGAAGGUCAUACCUUUCAAAAAACAUAACAACAAUUGCAGUUAUCAAUGCCAUGUUAAAUGGGAACAAAAUGUGUUAUUAUUUGACAUUUAUGUUAUGUUUCUGGAAUAACAAAACAACUUAAAAAGAUCAAAAUUCUUGUUAAAGAGUUUGACUUCAGGAAAGUCUUAUUAAUUUCAAUCAAAUGUUAUUUGUUGUUGCAUAUGGUUUUUCAUUUUUAUAGACGUUUUUAAGAAAUAUAUAUGUGUUCAUCUGUUUUCCUAAUCAUUUUGAUAUUAACAGUAAUUUUAUUUUCAUAUGAAGAGAGAGCUAUGAUCUUCGAAAGGUUUUUAGAUGUUUAUGUAUUGGUAUGUGAUUUUCACUUUUUACUGUUCUCGCAGAAAUGGAAAGUGAUGAUUAGAUUUUAUAUUACUAGUAUAAAAGAUUAGAAAAUUGUUUACUGUAAAACAAAAUAAGUAUCAGUUUAUACUUAAAAGAAGUGAUUUUGUGUGCGAGUUAAGUGGCAAAAACUCAUAUUACAUAAGGAUGGUUUUUAGUGUCGAAAUUUUAUUCAUGAAUCUAAUUUGACAGAUAUAUGUCACCUUAGAUAUUUGAUUUCGAUUUGAUGCAAUUUUGAUAUUUUUAUGUUGCCUACACUUUGAGGAGGAAUAGAUUAUUUUAUUUAGGCACUUGACAAAAUGACAUUACUGUGACCUUGAUUAUAGGAAAUUUUUAAUUUAUCAAGACAUAAAAUUUCAUCAAUUGUUUAGGGGGUCCUUUACAAAAAGUUAUAGUUAGCAAUGAGUAUUUUGAAAGUAGAUAAUGCUAUGAAUAACAAAUUAACUAUUUAUAAAGUGAAAUAUGUUUCAUUUUGAAAUUUAUUUGUUCAGUAGUACUAUGCAAUAUUAUUUAGACUUGGCAAUCGUGAGAACGAGAACAUUAUGCAAAUUAACUAAUCUAGUCAAAUACUCUGCAAUGUCUGAAGUUCAAUAUUAACAGAUGAUAAUCUUUUUUCUGAAUUCAUGACUACAAGUUAACUGCAUGACAAUUUUGAAAAGGAAAAAUAAGUAUCGGAAUGGGGCAAUGAUAAAACAUAAAACAAAAAUUUAUUAAAGUUUCUGGCAAUGACUUAUCAUGCCUGAAGAAAAAAAAUUCUUUGUAAGUUUUGGGUUUCGUAAGAACUAAAGAUGUAGCCUUGUCAUGCAAACAGUUGGUCUGUUACUAUUUCAAGUUAUAAAUGAUUUAAUGGUAUGGAAAUCAGAGAAACAAACUGAAUCAGUUAUAAGAAGUAAGUGAAUCUACGAGUGUUUUUAAACAUAUUUAAUUGUUUUAUUGUUAUUAAAGAAACAAAUGAAAUAUUUAACCUGAUGCACAGCUGUAAUUCAAUCUUGGAUUUUUAUGUUAUCUUGUGCCAAAAAUAAUUUAAUUAUUAUUGUAUGUAAAUUUUUAUAUGUUUUAUUUUAUAUGGUUUUAUUUCAAGACUGGGAUACACAAAUGUAAAUUAAUGUUGAGUAUCAUUUAAAUUUUUAGUUUUAAUUAGUCGGUAACAAAAUAAUGUAAAUCAGCAUUUGUGCAACCCCGUCCAGGUUGUAAAAUUUAGUUUUCAACUUUAAAGAAUCAUUGAGGGAAAUGAAAAUCCCACACAUUUUAGGCUCAUGUAAGUAAAAUUUGGGUUAGAUUUUUAGUUAGGGUCAUACAAGUAAAAAUUGUUCUUUUUUUACUGAAUCUUUUUUUAAAACAGUAUAAAUUGUUAAUUUUAAUAUAUCAUGAUUUAGAAUUAUUAUAAGAAUUUAAAAUGUGACUAAACGUUUUACAAGGUUAUAAAGCAAACAUUAUUCUUAUCAUUUCAUCACACAAAAGCUAAUCCACAUGGGUGUCUUCCUUAGAAAGCUUCAUUAUUAAUUUUGAUAUAAAUAAUUAAUUAGGAAUAUUGGAAUAUUGGCUUAAUAUUUAAAGAGCAUACAAAUUAUCAUUCUGCUGAUAAUUUAACAUAUUUUGGAAAGACUUUUUAUGAACAAAAAAAGCUGCAAAGUAUUGUAAAAACCUGUAAGUUUACUUUAUAUUUCUCACAAAAUAUAUACUGGAAAAUAGUCGUCAUCUGCAGCUCUAACUAUCAAUAUUUUUUUUAAUAUUAUUAAUGGUAUUACAGACUUGGAAUACUAUGGCUUAAUAAACAAAUCUUCCUAUUUUUAUAUCAACAAGUAUUUCAUCUAAGGAAAUUUUUGAUAAAAUAAAAACUGUGGUCUAUUCUCAAAUAUUGUAUUUAUAGCAAUUUGAAUUAAUAGGUAUUAUAUAUGAUAUUGCUUCUAUGUGUUCAGAUGGAAAAUAUUGUUAGCUAUGCACAGUAUGUAUAUAAUUGUAUAAUAUAAUAUGAUUUAAUAUGUAAAUUAUAUGAUAUAAAAUGCUGACUUGAAAAGUUCCAAAUGAUAAUCAUCAUUUCUGAGAAAAUAAAGUAUUGAAAAACUGGU